AUGCUGAAACAGCAUAUAGGAGGCGUCAUCUCAGGAGGGAAUCAGGCAGGGAAACCUGGACCAACCCGCAAAGCCGGAAGAGAGGGCUCCCGGGCCUCCGGGGCCUGCCUUGUCUUCUCUCCUCACUCCCAGCACCUGCCCACCCACACCAAGUGUUCUCCACCUCCUCAACUCCUUAACGGGAAAGUUAAAGAAACACAGAAAGAAAACUACGAACACAACGAUUUGGUGGAAUAUGUGUGCAAUCCUAGAUUUCUGAUGAAGGGUUUUAAUAAAAUUCAGUGUGUUGAUGGACGGUGGACAGACUUGCCUAUUUGUAUUGAGGUGGAGACUACAUGUGGAGAUAUACCAGAACUUAAUUAUGGCUACGCUGUUCAGACUUCUAACCCUCCCUAUCACCAUGGAGAUUCAGUGGAGUUCAAUUGCAGAGAAGGAUUCACAAUGAUUGGACAGAAAUCAAUUACAUGUAUAAGUGGAUCGUGGACCCAACUUCCUCAGUGCAUUGCAACAGAUGAACUUCAGAAGUGUAAAUACAGCUUAACUAAACGUGAGCCAAAUCCAUUAUAUGAGAUUGAAUUUGAUCAUAAUGAGAACAUAAGUUACAAAUGCAGAGGAAAAUUAGAACAGAAACACUCAACGUGCAUAAAUGGAAGAUGGGAUCCUGAACUAACCUGCACAGAAGUACAAAUGCAGUCAUGCCCACCUCCACCUCAGAUUCCCAAUGCUCACAAUAUGGCAACGACGGUAAAUUAUCAGGAUGGAGAAAAAGUAUCUGUUGUCUGUCAAGACAAUUCUGUAAUUCAGGAUGCAGAGGAAAUCGUGUGCAAGGAUGGAAGAUGGCAGUCAGUACCACACUGCGUUGAAAAAAGCCCAUGUCCUCAACCACCUCAGAUAGAACAUGGAACCAUUAAAUCGUCUCAGUUUUCAGAAGAGAUGGACAAAACAUUGAAACCUGAGGUUUAUGUACACGGCACCAAAUUAAAUUACAUUUGCGAGGAUGGUUUCAGGAUAUCUGGAAAAGAUGAGAUAACGUGCCACAUAGGAAAAUGGAGUUCUCCACCUCGGUGUGUAGGACUUUCUUGUGCGCCACCACCCUUGAUUCCACAUGGUAUUCUAUCUCACGUAUCAGACAGUUACCAAUAUGGAGAAGAAGUAACGUACAAAUGCACCGAAGGUUUUGAGAUUAAUGGACCUGCAUUCAUAAGAUGUAUAGGAGGAAAAUGGUCCCAUCCACCAGAGUGCAAAAACACGGAUUGUUUUAGCUUACCCGACUUCGGUAAUGCCACACCCAUAGGCCAGAAGAAGACGUUCUAUAGGUCAGGAGAAAAAGUGACUUAUAAAUGUCCAAAUAAUUACCUUUUGGAUGGACCAAAUACUAUCCAGUGUAUUAACAGCCAAUGGAUAGGAAAGCCAAUGUGCAGAGGUACUUCAAUGAAAUUUUGAAACCUAUUUGUCAAAAUGUCUUCACUAAUAUAAUAUGCAAUUCCUUCUAACAGCACUUAUGAAAUGGACAUGGAUUAUUCUUUGAGGCCAGGUCGAAGAAGUUUAUGUUUUAACAUAAAGGGAUAUAAUUGUGUACUCAGUGGUCAAUCUGAAAGCCCAGUGGUUCUCAAACUGUGGUCUCUGGAAGAACAGAAUCAGCAUCUUCUGGGAAAUGGUUAGAAACGCAAAUGUGAAUUCACAGGCUUGCUCAGACCUGUGGUGGCAAAAACUCUGGGGCUGCAACCCUGAAAGUGUCUUAACAAUUCCCAAGGGAUUCAGUGUAUACUCCAGUCUA